UCCCAUGUUCCCAACCGUCAACUGGUAGUACCGCCUGGUGACAAGAUCUUCGUAUUGAAACUUGAAUAAGCUGCUUCUGUCUACAGACACAGUUUUGGAUCACCUUCUUUGUUCAGGAUUUCGCUUAACAUCAACAUGGCAGUUCAUUGCUCAAUAGAUUUUUCCGCACAAUUUGACUUCAAAAUGAAUGGUAACGCCGAUAAGAAAUAUUUAGAAGAUGAAUCAGUCAACUGCGUUUUCAGAGUAGGAGAUGAUGGGAAAAGACGAGUGCACAGGUCUCAUGAAAGUAGGAGAAAGUCAGAUGCCAUGAAAAUGGGAGAAAGAAUUCGUGAAUUGUCUGAAAAAUUUGAAGAUACUGAACUUGGACGGGAAAUCAAAAGAAUUGCCAAUGAGGUGGAACCAGAGAAAAUAACUGAAAGGGAGUUUUUGGAUAUUCUUUAUGAUGUUGUGGGAAGAGGUGGUGACUUUUGGCUUAAGAUUUUAAAAUUUUUCACCUUCAUCAAGAACUUACUUAUGCGAGCCAGUGCAAAAGUAUGUGAAUUCAUAAAGAAGCAAGUAGGAGAUUGGUUAAAGACCAUUUCAGAUACGAAGUCCGAAAAUUGGGACGAAAUACUUCAUGAUAUAGCUUCUGCAGUUUCCAGGUGGAUUUCUUAAUUCCUGGCUUCAGCAACUAUGACUUAAUUUUUCAUGCUAACUUAUACUCAAUACUAAAUGAUGCAUUUACGAAAAUAAAAU